AUGAACCAACAUGAUCUUAGCUUAGAAGGUAUUGCUGCCAAUGUAAAGUUGCUUCUGAAACUAAUUCAAGAGCAUAAUGAGGCAAGUACAAAAGAUCAAGAUGACCGGAAAAUGCAGAGGGUGGCAGGCAUGAUAACUAUUAUAGACGAUCUUAAAACAAGGAUACAAAAAUCUCAAUCUGUUAGAAAAACUGCUGAGCUUAGACGAUGCUUCACGGAGUUGAAGCCUAUCCGUCCUUCGAAAGAUAAAAAGACUUGUGAACUUCCAACCGAUGAACAAGACAAGUUGAGAAGACAGCUUACAGAGAGCUUGGCCGCACGAAAGAGCCUAGAAGUUAUAUGUUCAAGCUUAGGAAAGGAGAAGAACAUUAUGGCAUCGGAGCUGGCAAGAAAGGUUCAUGAAUUGAGUGAAUUGGAGGAACAUAUCAACGACCUAAAAGCGCAAAAUGAGACAUUGCUGGCAAAGGUACAACAAUAUGCAUCUGGGCACAAAGAGACGAAGAGUAACGGAGUGGAUUUACAGGAAAAUGCAGCACUGCAAAAGCGUAAUAAGGCACUUUCAGAGCAACUUUUAAAGACACUUGACGGGUAUAAAUCUUUGAAGAGGAAAUAUCAAGAUGCAAAAGAAGAAAACAUAGCGAUAAGAGCAACAAUGGAGGAAAUGGGAUUGAGGUAG